CAUGGCCAUAAAAUAUAAAAAACUUUAGACACAAUUUUAAAAUCUAAUGUUUUUCUUUAAAGCAAUGCACACUUCCUAGCAAAGCCAGCAGUGAACUCCAAGAAUGUGAUAACUUGUAUUUCUUGCAACCCCAAAACACUCAUCUACAAAGACUUGUUAGUAUACAUCAAGAGUCAAGACCUUACAAAAUGGUAUUUAUUUACAUAACUUGUAUUGACAGAGCUGAGAAUCAAGAUGAAGAUGAAAUCCCAUUCUUCUAUUUUCUUCAUGUUCCUCAUUAUUGUAGCCUUUAGCAGCAUACAAGUAUGCUUAGCAGACUAUGAUAAUCUACAGGACACAUGCCCCUCAUCUCCAUCAAAUAAACAGACAACAUUAUUUAUCAAUGGCCUCUCUUGCAACACCCCAACUAACACUUCUGCUCAUGAUUUCAAGAACAUGGAACUAAGCAAAGCUGGUUCAAGAGAUGAUUUUGGUUCAUCAAUUAACAUUGUCACUGCUUCUAAGUUCCCUGGCCUCAACACACUUGGUAUCUCAAUUGGUAGAACAGAUAUUGAAAUGGAUGGGAUUGUGAAUCUGCACAAUCAUCCAAGAGCCACUGAGAUGAUCUUUGUUAAGGAAGGGGUAUUGGAAGCUGGAUUUCUUGAUACACAAAACAAGGUUUUCCAGAAGACUAUCAAGGAAGGUGAUGUGUUUGUGAUCCCUAAGGGUUUGUUCCAUUACUUUCUAAAUCGCGGUGUAGAAGCUGCAACUGUGUUGUCUGUGUUUAAUAGCCAAAAUCCAGGGUUGGGAUCUCUUACGGCCACACCUUCUUCUAUUGAAUCAGUUGAGAAGAUAAAGAGGAAGCUUAUAUCACUUUCUGAGUUAGAACAUGAUAGUGUUUAUGAUUUGAGUUUGGCAGUGUCAGAGAUUAUUUACAGUUAGCUGUUUCAGUAUUUUAUAUUGUGAUUUUAUUUGAUUGGGUAUAGUUCUAUUGUUGCACAAUGUUACUCUUCACAUUGAAAAGGCCUGCUAUAUGAGUUGGUGGUAUUGUGGCUAUUGAUAAGACUUUUAUAGUUUGAAAUCUGAUUUUGCCAACUCUUUUUUCAAAAAA